CUAAGGAACGUAAGCGUCUCAGCAAGUUAGCACAAAACAGUCUUGUAAAUGGACCGAUGGAGGGUGUUAGAUCCCAGACCUCCACUCCGGAAGCAAGUCCCGUUCAUCGGCCCGACAAAAACCCAAGCGUUAACACAUCCUUUGGCGCCAGUCUCCCAGGAGACAAAAAUCCGGCCCCCUCGGCCUCAACUGGAGGUUUUACCUCUUGGUUUCCCGGCAUGCGUAACACUAAUGCCCAGUCCAGCUCUGACCGUACGAGUGUAGUGGUUGGACCAACCAAGUCUUCGGCUACGGAAGAAUUGGUAAGCGACAAUUUCACAAACAGAAAGAUCUUUAAGGGUCUUCAAGUUCUACCGUUCAAUAAUCAAUUCUAAACUGCACACGAGCACGCAGACGUAAAACAAGGGGCUAUUUAUUGUUGCGUAGUCGUGCAGCACCUGGUUUAUUGGACUGACUAGGAAAUAAGCAGCGCAUGCAAAAUCGGUCCUAUGAGAAACAACUGUAACACUGGCACUGCCGUACAACACAAUAACCUGAACCUCCACUACCCCUGAUCAGCGGGCAAUUGUUUCUCCAGU